GUCCCAUGACAGUCGUCCGUACCUCAAAGCUACUGUGUGUAACAAAUUAACAACACACGCGUCCCAUGACAGUCGUCCGUACCUCAAAACCUCCACCUCCACAAUCUGAACAACGCAAAAAUGGCGUUCCUUCUCUCAUCCCCUCCUCCACCUCCUUCUCUCCUCCCGAAAAACCCUAACCCUACUCGCCUCCUCCGCCCCAUCAAUCCCCAUUCUCUCUCUUUCUAUCUCCUCCCCAAAACCACCACCACCGCCCGCUUCUCUGUUCCCGACCCUCUCUCCGGCGAAUCCCUCACCUCCGACACCCUCUACAACUUCUCCGUCGACGAGUGGGGCGAUAUAUCCGAGCCGGAAUCCGAGCCGCAGACGAAGUUGUCCGACGCCGAUCCGCCCCAAAAUGAAGACGAGUGGGGCGGAGCCGCGGUUGGGGCUCAAGCCGGGGUCGUGGACGAGUGGGGAGAGAGAGCCGAGCCGGACGCCGAGCCGCUGACGAAGUUGUCGGAGUCUGAUCCGCCGAAGGAUGAGGAUGAGUGGGGAAGUGAAGAAGAUUAUGUUAACUCUGGUACUAAUGAUAAUGGUAGUGUUGGGGAAGAAGCUAGAGUGGUUGAUGAUGAUGAUGAUGAGCUGAUGGAGCUGAAGAGGUGCUUGGUGGAUAGUGUUUAUGGGACUGAUUUCGGGUUUCGGGCGUCGGCGGAGGUUAGGGCGGAGGUUUUGGAGCUGAUUAAUCAGUUGGAGGCAGCGAAUCCGACUCCAGUGCCGACAGCGGCCAUUGAUGUUCUUGAUGGGAACUGGGUUUUGGUGUACACGGCAUUUUCUGAGCUGUUGCCUCUUCUGGCAGCAGGCACCACUCCUUUGUUGAAAGUUGAAAGGAUUUGCCAAGCAAUUAACACCAACAGCCUCACCAUAGAGAACUCCACCAUAUUGUCUAGCCCUUUUGCCACUGUCUCCUUCAGUGCCUCUGCCACCUUUGAAGUUCAAACUCCUUCAAGAAUACUGGUUGAAUUUAAGGAAGGGAUCCUGCAGCCUCCAGAGAUCAAGCGAAGCAUCAAUCUCCCGGAGAACAUUGAUAUUUUUGGGCAGAAAAUCAAUUUAUCGCCUGUGCAACAAUCUCUUAACCCUCUUCAAGAGGCUGUUUCGAGUAUAGCUCGCAGUAUUUCUGGUCAGCCCCCUCUUAAGGUUCCCAUUCCGGGUGAGCAGUCAAAAUCGUGGCUUCUUAUUUCGUACCUUGACAAGGAUCUUCGGAUAUCAAGAGGGGAUGGCGGCCUGUUUGUGCUUGCUAAAGAAGGAAGUCCUCUUCUAGAUCAGUAACCAGGCACUUUAUAUGGACUCUGAUUAUGAAAAUGGGUUUUAAUUUAUUUUACUUCACCUAUUUGUAAUGUUGUGGUUUGUGAUCUAAGAUUUUGUACAUGACAUAAAGAGUUACUUAUUUUUUGGAAACGAUAAUAAGAAGAAGAGAAAUUCAUGUCGCUUAACAAUAUUAUUAAUGUUGUUUUAAUGCCAUAGCUUUACGCA